AUAGAGCUGAACUGAGCAUGUUAAGAUUGUGCAGUCAGGGCGCUAGCUGCGGUCAGUGAAAUUGAAUAAGUGAGACUUCUUCAGCUCAUCAGAGAGUUUUUGAAUAUCAUCUUUAAGUAGCUGGAUUUGGCGACAGAAGGACGAGCCAGUAGGAGUGAGACCUCCCUCGAAGUGGGUUAAUGAUGGCGACAUGCAGAGAUGACGAGUGGGCAAAAAACAUAUAUCCUGUGACUAAACAAUCCAAGUCUCAUCGCAUCGCCCUGAUGAUCAAUAAUAUAAAGUUUCAUAACAACAGCUCGGACAGACAUGGAGCUGAGAAAGAUGACUGGGUCAUGUUCAAUCUGCUCCAAAGUCUGGGAUACCAGGUGGUACGUUAUAAUAACUUGACUGGAAAGCAGAUUGAUGAUGCUCUUACUCAGUUCUCACAGCAUAAAAAGCUCACCCACACAGACAGUGUGUUUGUGACCAUCAUGUCUCAUGGAGACAUGGGAAUUAUCUCUGGCACUGAUAGUAAAGAGUUUGAAACUGAGAAAAUUUUCCAAUGCUUAAAUGCAAAGAACUGUCCAGCACUGGUGAACAAACCGAAGAUCAUCAUCAUUCAGGCCUGCAGAGGAGCUCAGGAAGGAUGGGUGGAUUUACAGUCUGUGCUCACAGAUAACAUCAGAGCUCCAUCAGAAAACUUUACCAGAGCUGACAGAGUUCACAUCGAAAAGGACUUCAUCUGUUUUCAUUCCAGCACUCCUCACACAGUUUCAUACAGAUCAACAUCAGAUGGUUCUUUUUUUAUCCAAACACUCGCUGAUGUGUUCAACAAAUGGAGCCACGAGUAUGACAUUGAAGAACUGUUCAGAAAAGUCAUGCAGCACUUUGAAGCUUCCUCCUCUGACUGCAUGCAGAUGCCAACAAAGGAGAGAAACACUCUGACAAAGCGCUUCUACCUGUUUCCAGACAGAAUUUCAGUCAUCAUCUUUGGCAAAGGGGAGUUGUUGAAGAAAGCUCUAAUAACCAACAUCCUGGGCAGAGAUGUAUCGGAGCUAUCCAACAAAAAGUUUCUCACAAACACAGAAAUAUAUGAAAAUCAUACAUAUGAGUUCAUAUGUACUCCAGACUUGAACACACAAUGUGAAUAUAUACAGUACUUUUCUAAAGUCCCACCCCCUGACAUGUGCUUGGUGGUAGUUGCAGAUGGGUUUUCAGAUAAAGAUGUGCAGCAACAGAUAGAUGAUCUGAGCAAGAAAACUGGAAAACCUCCAGACGUGUUCACAGUCGUUCUGCCUUUGAGAUACAAACCAGGAUGUUACUCUUUCAAAUCCUGCACCAUUCAGCAGGUUUUCAGUGAACUGGACAAACUGGCUGCAGACAGAGGACGGACUCUCAUCAGCAUGAGACCUGCUGAUUAUUUUGGGGCCCACAAUAAAAUGGAGAACAAUAGAAAGCUCACCAGCACCAAAGUGAACCUUGUUCUUCAGGGAACGGGCGGGACUGGAAAGAGUGCCAGUGGAAACACCAUCCUUGGAAAGAAAGUCGUCAUGUCUAAACUCAGUUCAAUGCCAGUCACUGCAGAGUGUCAGGUGGCAGAAACAGAGAUAAAUGGCAAACAUGUACGUGUGAUUGAUACUCCAGACAUGUUUGAUGGUUUCAUUGAAGCAUCAGUCACGGACAAACAUGUAAAACAGUGCAAACAGCUCUGUGAGUCAGAACCCUCUGUGUAUCUCCUUGUGAUGCGUGUGGGCAGAUGUACAGAACGUGAGAGACGCAUACUGAAAAUGUUAGAAAAAUCUUUUGGGAACAAAGUUAGUGAACAAACAGUCAUCCUGCUCACAUGGGGAGGCGACCUGGAGUGUGAAGGAAUGAGCCUGGAGAAUUUGUUUUCCUUACAACCUACGCUGAAGGAAAUAACUGAAAAAUGUGGGAACAGGUGUGUUGUUUUUGAGAAUAGCAGAUCAGAUUCAGAUCAAGUGGAAAAAUUGAUGGACACCGUGGUCAGAAUGUUAGAAAAAAGGCAGAAAUGAUAACUUCGUGUAUCAAAUAAGGGUAAUAAAGGGCUUGCAGUUAAUUUCUCAAACUAUAAACAGGUAGAGCAUGAAACAAUGUUCUGAAGUAUCCAGUCAACAACUAAUCAGGGGCUUAGAUAUUUGUGGAUGAAGUAUUUGUAGAAAAUGGUGCAUGAAUUUUGUGUUUGUUAAACUAAAUCAUUCAUGUUAGAGACUUUAAUAAAAGAAGUCUGUUAUAUUUAC